CACGCCUAUCCCACAGGAGUGCGGGAAUUAAUGAGCAUUGAAAGCCCUUUGCGACAGUGUCGGCCGGCAGCUGCCCUCUCAUUUACGGCAGGCAGCCGUGUUGGCGGCAGCGCGGGUGUUUCCGGGCACGCACGUGCAGGAAACAGUAGAGAAUGUCUUUUCGUGGAAGAGGAGGUGGAGGAGGAAGAGGAGGCGGCUUCAGCCGUGGAGGAGGUGGCAGUGACAGAGGUGGCUUUAACCGUGGAGGAGGUGGCGGUGACAGAGGUGGCUUUAACCGUGGCGGACGAGGUGGCUUUGGACGGGGAGGUGGAAGAGGAGGCUUCAACAGAGGAGGAUAUGACCAGGGCCCUCCAGAAAGAGUAGUUUUGUUGGGAGAGUUCAUGCAUCCCUGUGAAGAUGACAUAGUUUGUAAAUGUAAAACAGAAGAGAACAAGGUGCCUUAUUUCAACGCCCCAGUGUACCUCGAUAAUAAGGAGCAGAUUGGCAAAGUGGAUGAAAUAUUUGGACAGCUGAGAGACUUUUAUUUUUCAGUGAAGCUAUCUGAGAACAUGAAAGCCUCUUCAUUUAAAAAAAUGCAACAGUUUUACAUUGAUCCAGCAAAGCUGCUACCCCUUCAGAGAUUUUUGCCAAGGCCUCCUGGAGAAAGAGGUGGUCCCAGAGGAGGUGGUAGAGGAGGACGUGGUGGUGGACGUGGGGGAGGAAGAGGCGGUGGUAGAGGAGGAUUUGGAGGAGGCAGAGGUGGAGGAAGAGGAGGAGGAUUCAGAGGAGGCAGAGGUGGAGGAGGAUUCAGAGGAGGAAGAGGUGGUGGAGGAGGCUUUCGGGGAAGAGGACGUUAAAAACGGAGCCAUGAGUAUCUCCUCAUUGUCUUAUCAUGUCAUCUGCAGAAGCAAAGAACCAUGAAAAUUUUUUGUAAAAGACCCUGAAAAUCCCUUUAUGAGGAACUUGAAGCUACAAAUGACAAUUAUUUUUACACUUAAUGACUGUUGAUGGAUGCAUGAGGAGAGUGUGGCUGCAGGUGAAGAGCUGAAGACUGCUCAGAAUAUGUGUCUUUUAUAAACUUUUCUAACUAAGCCAUGAUUCGAUGUUAUUCUUAACUGUUUGUUUCUGACAAGCAGUGCAGUCAGUGCUUAACUCCGUGUUGGAGUUUGGAGUAAACAGUCAGUUGAAAUGGGUUUUCAGAAGACCCUCCAGGUUCAUUGCAUGCACAUACUCCAGUGUGAACCUGUGCACGACUGAACCGUGGUUCUCAUCCUCCUUUCAUAUGAAAUCUUCUGGGCUGCUCCUUGAAGUGGACAUGGCAUUUAAACAAUCUUUGUGAACCUUUCUUUAUAAAUUAAAUUUCAAACUUCUUGUGUUGGCAA